CGUCGACCUACCCGAAUUCGCCGCAUAGACAAGCUCUCGCCCGUAUCCGGCAUACAACACCCCUUCGACCCUAUAUCACAACCCCCUCACAGAUACCCACUGAUGUCAUCAAGGGGCGGACGCGGCGGAGGUAGAGGAGGUGGAAACCAGGGCGCUGGAGAGCGAAAGAAGCGUGAAUCGAUCCUGAACUUGGCCCAAUUGAUGGACCAAAAGAUCAAGGUGGCUUUCAUGGGCGGACGAGAAGUCACUGGCACAUUAAAGGGUUACGAUCAGCUCAUGAACUUGGUGAUGGACGAUGUUGUCGAAGAGUACGAAGAUGGCCGCCCUAGCCGCAGCUUGGGGUUAGUUGUCCUUCGCGGGCCCAACAUUGUUCUUGUCAGUCCCGCCGAUGGGUCCGCAGAAAUCGAAAACCCUUUCCAACAACAGUCAUAAUAUAUCGCGUUAUGUAACACUGCCUUGCCAUUUCUGU